AUGGCAGAUCGGUCAGCGGCUGAAAGAGCAGUGAAAGAUGCCAACCCAAUUAUUGAUGGUAGGAAAGCCAACGUUAAUCUAGCAUACUUGGGGGCCAAACCAAGAGGAAACACAGUUAAUGGUUUUCCUGUACCUGUAAGGACAGGUUUUCCUACCGUAUUACCAAGUCAGUAUGGUCUGUCUCCACAUUAUAUCUAUACACCUCCUUACGUUACGUCAUCGAGCGUACUGCUGCCAUCCCACGUGCCUUUGUCACCUGCUUCCGCAGCAGCAGCAGCUUGGCACGUCUACGACUACGCAGCUGCGUAUCAACCAGCUCAAUACGCUAGCGGUUUGGAUCCCGCGAACUACACUUAUCCAACUGUUACCUCAGCGCCAUCUACUGGUUACGGAAGCACUUCGUAUCUGCCGCCUCAAGUCUACCCGUACAACGUUCCGCAAGCGUUACCUGGAGUUGGAACUGUUGCUGGGUUGCCUCCUUACGUAACUCAAUCUCAAUUACAGGAGACGCGGCUGCAAUAA